CAGGUAACUAACUAACUAACCCUAGCUUUUUUUGAAUUUAAAAAUUUCAAUAUCAUCCAUUUUCCAAUCUUAUUAUUUACAGAUUUUCAUUUCUGUGUUUGUGGAUUUAUCAGGGCCAACCUUAGCUUCUUCUUCAUGAUUUUGAUUAAUGGUUAUAAUUAGCCACAAGUCUUAUUAAACAGUUCCAAGCUCAGCUAUGGCUUUCUCCUCAGCUCCUCGCUCCAAUAUUCCUACCGCUUCUUCUUCUUGCCACCACUCUAAGUUUUUCUCUUUGAGGCUAAAUUCAAAGCAAAACAAAGUAAGUUUUGUGUCAAAACUUGAAAGAGAAGACACUUCUUUGAAGAUUGUUAAGUCAGUCUUAAAUAACAAAAGGUUAAAUAUUAGUGACAAUGGAGCUACUGAGCCUGCUAGGAUUCUUCUGGAGAGAUUGUUUGCACAGACCCGAAAACUGGAGAAACAAAUGAGUAGAUAUUCUCAACUCCCGGAUCAAGAUGUUCAACUCGGUCUUAAUCUUGAAACAUUGGAGGCUGAUCUUGUGGCUGCAUUGGUUGCAUUGAAGGAAAAGGAAGAUGAGUUACAUGAUGCAGAGAAGGCGGUUUUUUUGGAACAAAGUGAAUUAGACCGAGCAAAGAAGGAGUUGGAGAAGCAGGAGAAAGAAAUUGUUGAUGCUCGUUGUAAGUAUGAAAAAAUCGAAGAGGAAUUGAAGCAAGCUAAUUAUAGUUUAACUUCUCAAGCUAGGGAGAUUGAAGAUCUUAAACGUCGGCUUUGGGAGAGGGACUCAGGCAUUACUACUUUGCGUUCUGCAUUGUCUUUGAAAGAAGGUGAAAUUGUUAGAAUGAGAAAUGAAGUGAUGACAAAAGGUGAAGAAGUUGCUGUGAUUGAUUCUAAUCUAAAAUCUAAGGCUCAGCUUCUUAAUCAAGCCAAUGAAGUAGUGAAGGAGCAAGAAAUUGAAAUUCAAGGACUUCGAAAAGCUUUACAAAAGAAAGAUGAAGAGCUAAGGGCUUCUAUGACACUGAGGGAGAUUGAAGAGGAGAAGCUGAAAGUUGCAGAAUCGAAUUUAGAGAAGAAGACAAUGGAGUGGUUACAAGCCAAGGGAGAACUAAAGAAACUUGCAGAGAAAGCUUCCAAACAUGUUGAAGAAACUAAUGAGACAUUGGAUGACUUUAGGAGAGUGAAGAAACUUCUUGUUGAUGUUCGGUCUGAGUUGGUUUUCUCUCAGAAAGCUCUGGCAUCUUCCCGAAAAAAGAUGGAAGAACAAGACCAGGUGUUGGGAAAGCAGAUGGAAGAACUUGAAGAACAGAAGAGAAGUGUUAUGUCUUAUAUGACUAGUUUGAAAGAUGCCCAAAUAGAGAUAGAAAGUGAAAGAGUACAACUAAGAGUUGCAGAGGCUCGAAAUAAGGAGCUCGAGCGGGAUUUGUCAUUAGAGAGGGAGUUGAUAAAGGGGUUACAAGAGGAGUUGAAGAAAGAGAGAUCUUCAUUGCAGCAGGCAAUGCAGGAAAUGUCUUCUCUCCAACAGAAGCUAGACCGAAAAAGUUCUCAAUUCGAGGAAACACAAAGUCUUCUUCGGGUUAAGGAGUCAGAAUUGGUGGAGGCUAAGCUGGAAAUUCAACAUUUGAAAUCUGAGCAGGCUACACUUAUGGUUGUAUUGGGUGAAAAGGAUUCGGAACUCCUGAUUUCGAAGAAGAAACUUGAAGAGGUGAGCAAGGAAAUUGCUGACCUGAAGAUGCUUUUGAACAGUAGAGAGAACCAGCUUAUUCAAGCAACUGCAUUGUUAAAAGAGAAAGAUGAACAAGUUGGCAUAAUUCAAAAUGAACUGAAUCAGACGAUGAAGAAAACGGUUGAAGCUGAAAAUGUGGUAGAAAGGAUUGCUGAGCUUACAAACAAAUUGGUUAUUUCUAUAAAGGAUGAAAGCAGCCAUGGGAUUUUCGAACAACCAUGGGAAAACCAACUAGAAAAUGAGCUUGAGUUAACGAGAGAGACCUUACGAAGAAAAGAAAUGGAUGUUGUAGCUGCUCAGAGGUCUCUUGCAAUGAAAGAUGAAGAGCUUAAGGCCAUUAAAGAAGAAACGAAACAAGAUGCUAAUGAUCUAAGAAAGCUUUACUCUUUAGCACAAGAGAGAAAUAUAGGCGAGGAAAGUUUCGGGGACUUGGCAAUUGAGAAGCUUCAACUCGAGGCGUCUCAACUAGAAGUUGAAGCUGCAACCAGUGCUCUUCAUAAACUUGUGGAAAUGAGUCGAGAACUUUUGAAUAAAACUACACCAAGCAUCGAGGUUGAUGAUAGCUUUGAUCAUUGGAAGAGCACGGGAGAGAACAACGAAUGUUUCGCUAAGGUUACAACUGAAGUUUUUCGGCUUUCUGCUUUGACAGAAGAGCUUGUGAAGGAGGCUGCUGUUUCAGGCAAGAAAAGUAAAUGCUUAGCUUUCGACUAGGAUUUGUAUAAAUCAUUCCUUUGUUAGUACAAGUGAAAAUGUGUAUCUUCCAUUUCUAAGUUGAUUUCUUUUCUUUUACAAUCUAUGAAGGGCCAAUAAUUAAUGAGCUUGAUAUAUUCAUGAA